UGAACUUGUAACUGGGGAAGCGUCCCCUCAACCAACGUGUUACCACCAGACCUGCAGUACAGGAGCCAGCUGCCCUGUCAUCUCAGCAUCCUCCAAAGAGACCCCAUCCCCUGGUAUUCCAGUGCAGUGCAUGUGCCAGAGUAUGCAGACUAUCUUGUGUUCCAGCAUCAGGGCGGGAGAGCCGGGGCUGCAAGAGCCAGGAGCGGGAAAGUGGCUGGUCUGAAAGGGAGGAGUGGGACAGAAAGCCCCAGACUGCGCCCUGGGCUGGGAGCUGCUGCGGGAUGACGAGAGGCGAAAGCCAGGCUCUAGGAUGUUGGGGUCAGCUAGGCUAGACCUGCCCAUGUGAUCCUCACUGCUUCCAGCCCUCGCCCUGCCUGCCCAUCAUGCUGCGCUCCUGGCGUGGAAAGCUGAAGCUGCUGCUCGCCAUUGCAACACUGAUGAUCCUUCUCUCGUGGCUCUGUGUCUUUGUGGGCAGUUCAGAAUAUGGCCGUUCCCUCCUACUGUCUCCUUGCUUUGGGGACCGGCCGAGCCAGGACCUGGAGCGAGAGGCCUUGGCAUCUCAGGUGCGCAAGGUGGAAGAGGAGAACCUGCAACUGCGCCUGCGGCUCAGCCAGGCUCAGGGGCAAGCUGGGGCUGUGGACGGGAGCGAUGGCAGCCAGCAGUGGGCAGCCUCCUUUGAGGAUGGGGACACCCCAGUGGAUGACAGGAGCAACCGCACAGGCUGCCCCAAGCAGCAGACGGUGCAGAAAUGUGAGCUCCUGCACGUAGCGAUUGUGUGCGCUGGUCACAAUGCGAGCCGAGACGUGGUCACCCUGGUGAAAUCCAUCCUCUUCCACAGGAAGAACCCUCUCCAUUUCCACCUCAUCACGGACUCGGUGGCUCGGCAGAUCCUGCAGACUCUCUUCCAGUCCUGGAUGGUGCCCUCUAUCCACGUUAGCUUCUACAACGCAGAUGAUUUGAAGGCAGAGGUGUCGUGGAUUCCCAACAAGCAUUACUCUGGGAUUUAUGGGCUGAUGAAGCUGACGCUCACUAAGGCGCUGCCCUCCAACCUUUCCAAGGUCAUUGUCCUGGACACAGACAUCACCUUUGCCACUGACAUCGCUGAGCUGUGGGCCGUCUUCGGGAAGUUCUCCGACAAGCAGGCGAUUGGGCUGGUGGAGAACCAGAGUGACUGGUACCUGGGAAACCUCUGGAAGAACCACAAGCCAUGGCCAGCGCUGGGACGUGGCUUCAACACAGGCGUGAUCCUGCUGCUGCUGGAUCGUCUGCGACAGAUUGGCUGGGAGCAGAUGUGGCGGCUGACGGCGGAGCGGGAGCUCAUGAGCAUGUUGUCCACCUCGCUGGCAGAUCAGGACAUCUUUAAUGCAGUGAUUAAGCAGAGCCCAGUGCUGGUGUACAAGCUCCCCUGCUUCUGGAACGUGCAGCUGUCCGACCAUACCCUCUCAGAGCAGUGUUACUCAGAGGUCUCUGAUCUUAAGGUGAUCCACUGGAACUCGCCCAAGAAGCUGCGGGUGAAGAACAAGCAUGUGGAGUUCUUCCGGAACCUCUACCUGACCUUCCUGGAGUACGAUGGGAACCUGCUGCGCAGGGAGCUCUUUGGUUGUGCCAGCCUGCCCAGCCCACCCAGAAACCAACUGCAGGAGGCCUUGGAGAAUCUCGAUGAGGAUGACCCCUGCUAUGAUUUCCGCCGGCAGCACCUUAUGCUGCACCGCAUCCAUCUAUUCUUCCUGCAGUAUGAGGUCCUGGCCUUGCCUGACCCUGCUGAUGUCACCCUGGUGGCCCAGCUCUCCAUGGACAGGUUACAGAUGCUGGAGGCAAUCUGCAAACACUGGGCAGGCCCCAUCAGCCUGGCACUGUACCUGUCGGAUGCAGAGGCCCAGCAAUUCCUGCGCUAUGCCCAGGGCUCGGAGGUGUUGAGCAGCCGCAGGAAUGUUGCCUACCACAUUGUGUACAAGGAAGGGCAGUUCUACCCUGUCAACCUGCUGCGCAAUGUUGCGCUGACCAAUGCAGAAACACCCUAUGUCUUCCUGACGGACAUUGACUUCCUGCCCAUGUAUGGUCUCUACGAUUACCUCAGGAACUCCAUCCAGCAGCUGGAGCUGCCCCAGCGGAAGGCAGCACUCAUUGUGCCAGCAUUUGAGACUCUGCGCUACCGUCUUGUCUUCCCCAAGUCCAAAGCGGAGCUGCUCUCCAUGCUGGACAUGGGCUCUCUCUACACCUUCAGGUACCAUGUGUGGCCAAAGGGCCAUGCCCCAACUGACUAUGCCAAGUGGCGCACAGCCACGGUGCCAUACCGUGUGGAGUGGCAGCCGGACUUUGAGCCUUACGUUGUAGUGAGGCGUGACUGCCCCCAGUAUGACCAGAGAUUCGUGGGCUUUGGUUGGAACAAGGUGUCCCAUAUCAUGGAGCUUGAUGCCCAGGAGUACGAGCUGCUGGUCCUGCCCAAUGCCUUCAUGAUCCACAUGCCUCACGCCCCCAGCUUUGACAUCUCCAAGUUCCGCGUGAGCGCUGGCUACCGGGACUGCCUGCAGACGCUGUGGGAGGAGUUCCACCAGGAUCUGUCGCGUAGGUAUGGCGCCGCCGCACUCAAAUACCUCACUGCCGAGAGGAGCCUGUGAUGCAGAGGGACAGCGUGGCGGUGGGCUGGAGGGGGAAGGGCACAGACCACUUCCUUCCUACGUGGCUCACUGCCUGAAAGGGAUCAAACCUGCAGCACGGUUUCCUCAUCACAGGAACAGUAGAUCACACUAGGGAUGGAAAGAAUCAGGAGAAAGGGGCUCUUGGUUCUUAAGUAGCUGAGGGAGCAGAGCCUCAGAGCUGAGGGUUUCUUCACAGCAGCUGAAAUCCUCACCCAGAGACAGGACAACGUUGCUAAUCUCCCAGCUAGGAGGUUACCUGGAGCCUAUUUCUUACUUCAAGGGCCAGGGUGGGAUUGGUCCCUAUCAUUCAGUUUCCAGAGCUUUGGCCAGUGUGAAUGACGCCACUCAUGGGGCUCUCAUGCAGUCCCCUGGGGCACUUGCCAGAAAGCUUUACCUGAUGUUCUGCAAGAUGCUCCCUUGCUCAGUUUCAUCAGCUCCUCCCCUGUGCACCCUCUGGGCUUUGCCUCCUUCAAGGCCCUGCAGUUCCUGCUGUUGGGUGUAGCUUAGCCCUGCAGGACAGGCUGAACUUAGUUCUUAAUUUCUUCUGAUGAACCUCUUCUCUCCCCCCCCCAUUUUUGAUUGUCUGAACUCCUUCCCUGUGCCUAGAGGGAACUGAAGCACCCCCCAUGUUUCCCCAAGGGGACGUUGGCCUACCGAAUUGGUUUCUUAGGGCAUGCCUACGCUGCCGUGAAACACGCACAGCUGGAGCGGGGUGCAGAGCUAUAAAACUGCAGUGUAGACAUUGGGGGUCAGCCUGGAGCUGAGAUUCUGUGACCGUUCCUGCUUAUUUGCAGCUGGCUGUAUGUGCACAAGUGUGCCCAUCUUUUGCUGGCUGAGGGUCUGUACACAACACCUGGCAGCUAAGAUCCCUGCAUAGGCACUGCCUCUGGCCAGCUUGUACCACUAACCUUCAUGGCCAUCUUCCCCCAGAGGAGGGGAAGUCCUGUCCCUCUUCCCCAUACUGUCUGGACGGGAUCUCAGGCUGCUGCGGCUUGGUGUCACAUCCCCGGAUUCUCCCACACAUGACUAGUGAGAGUUGCUGCUGCAGGUCUGAGGCCCUGGUCAGCUGCUUGGGUUAACAACCGGUUUGGUUCUGGUCUGUGCUUUGGAGCUGAGCGAGUAUUGGAUGUAUUGCCAAAUUGUGGUGCCUGUUGUAAUAAAACCAUCCAGUCCCUGCCACUCUGGGAGUAGGUAAAAUUGUCCCGUUAGACACCACCUGCUCAGAGAAACCUCUCAGGAGGUCACUUCCAAGUCUCGGAAGUAAAGAGCCUGAAUCGCAGUAAUAUUGACACUGACAAUCAGGGACACAGUUGACAUAGUAGCUGGGAGCCAUGGUCAGAGCCUGUGCUGGGAACAGCUUCGGCCAGGCACUUUUCCACAGUCGUCACACACUGGAGCAUGGAGGCACAUUUGCUUUCCUCACUCUCUAUUUAAGUUAUUUAAGAUGAUUUCCUCACAGGGUGUAAAUGAUUAGGAGGGCCUAGGGUUUUUAGCCUUUUUCUUCCUUGCUGAUGGUUCUGAAGUAUCUUCAGGCCCGUCAUUGCUCAAUUCUGCUCUUCACUUCCUGGCACUAAUCUGAACCAGAAGAGCCGCUACUGUGCUGGGAACGAAACAUUCCAGCCAGGGUGGGGCAGGGCCGGGGGCUGUUGUCCUGCACUCUUUGUAUGG